GCGGGGCGGGUGGCGCCGCCGGGGCUGCCGCGGGCCGCCGCCGCCGCGCCUGAGCUGAGCGGCUCCGCCUCCGCCCGCGCAGGGAGCAGCGGCAGUAGUAGUAGCAGCAGCAGUAGUAGCGGCAGUAGCGGCGGGGACGGGAGCGCCCACCCCCGCGGCGGCCGCCCUUUCCCCGCGGCGGAGCAGGAGGAUGCGGCCCGGCGUCGGGCUCUGAGCGAUGGAGGGGGUCCUGUACAAGUGGACCAACUACCUAGCGGGUUGGCAGCCUCGGUGGUUUGUUUUAGACAAUGGGAUAUUGUCAUACUAUGAUUCACAGGAUGAUGUUUGCAAAGGCAGCAAAGGAAGUAUAAAGAUGGCUGUGUGUGAAAUAAAAGUUCAUGCAACAGACAACACAAGAAUGGAGCUAAUCAUCCCAGGGGAACAGCAUUUCUAUAUGAAAGCAGUUAAUGCAGCCGAAAGGCAAAGGUGGCUGGUAGCGCUGGGCAGUGCAAAAGCUUGUUUAGCAGAUACCAGAACAAAAAAAGAAAAAGAAAUAAGUGAGACCAAUGAAUCUCUUAAAACCAAAAUGUCUGAACUUCGUCUCUACUGUGAUCUUUUAAUGCAGCAAGUUCAUACAAUACAAGAAUUUGUUCACCAUGAUGAGACUCGCUCUCCUCCCAGCAUUGAGAACAUGAAUGAAGCCUCUUCCUUGCUUAGUGCCACAUGUAAUACAUUUAUCACAACACUUGAAGAAUGUGUGAAGAUUGCUAAUGCCAAGUUUAAGCCAGAAAUGUUCCAGCUGCCUCACCCUGAUCCCUUAGUUUCUCCUGUGUCACCAUCACCGGUCCAAAUGAUGAAGCGUUCCAUUAGCCACCCUGGUCCUUGCUAUUCAGAAAGAAAUAAUCACUCUGUAAAAGAACCAAUUUCAUCCCUUCACCAAUUUUCACAGCGGCGCAGAAGAACAUACUCAGAUACAGAAUCUUACAGUGAUAAUCCCUUUGAAGAUUCUCAGAGAUCUGCUCACUGUUCUAGAAGUGCUGUCAAUGGAGAUCUGGUAUCAUCAACCAUUCCUGAAGAAAAUAGAUCAGUAUCAAAGGAAAGAUCUGAUCUGGAAGAGACUCUUUCGUCCUUUUCUUCCUGAAGAAACUGAAACUACUACAGAGAAAAUAGUUUGGACUCCACAUUGUGCAAAAAAACUGAGACUGGUCAGUGCAUGUGGUAGUAAAUAAUAUUUUUAAAUACUGCCACAGGUAGGAUUGUUUAGCCAAAAGUUGUAAUGAUUAGAUUCAAGCACAAAAUUUGCAUAUAAUUACUUCAGCACUGUUUUGGGUUUCUCCAUGUCACUAAAGCUGGAAUGGUGGCUUUGUAUACAUGUAACAUGUUCCUGCUAAACUUAAAUCAGCUUUUUUUAUAUAUACCUAUGCCAAACUCUGGCAAAAAUCCUAAAAUGUAUUUCAAUGAAAUCAAUGAAGAUGAUAUGCCAUCAUACUUUUGGUUUCUGGAGCUAAGAAGUCAUUUCUGAAAAUGAUACUUUGCUGGCUGAAUCACAAUGAUCCAUGUGUGGUAAGACUAAAAAAAAAAAAAAAAAAAAAAUCUGGAUGCUCUUACACUUUCAUUUCCAAGUUUAGGGAAGAACUUACCAGGAAUGACUAAUUGUGUCAUUAUUCUUUCUGGUGGAGAAUGGGAGCUGAAUCUCAACAUAGAAUGUGUAAUUAGUACUUCUAGCUUUGAUCUCAACUGCUUCUGAAGAGAUCAGUCUGAAACCAAUUCUAGAUAGUAUUUAUCACUUAAAGAAUUAAGCAUACUACAUAUAUUUAGGUGAAAUGUGGUAACUUCUAGUUACCGAGUUAUAUCUCUGAAGUCUCUAAUAUCAGAUAAUAAGAAAUGGAAUGUGCUUAAAUGGCUUACCAGCUUGUACUAUAAAGAAUUAAUGAUCAGGCACUCAGUGAUUUGAAGGUUUGUGAAUGCUGAGAUUACAAUGUUCAGGGGCUUUAAACUUCUGAAAAUUAACGUUUGUAUUUCUUUCCACUUAAUGUAUAGUAAGUCACUUUGACUUUUUUAAUCCCCGCCCCGAAAGCAGUCUUUGGGGUAGGAAUACGUAAGAGGUUGCUUCUGCAUUAAAAAAAAAAUAAAUUACUCGAUUUAUUUAAAAACUGAAAUCACAGCUAUUUGUGUUAAGGUGAUUUUCACAAACUAUAAACUUGGAUUUGCUUGUUAUGCCACCAUCAGUUUAAGUAUUGUAGUGUAGCUGUUGUUCCUGCUCAUGUAAGUUAGUAACUUUUUAAAGGGGUCUAACACCCAAAUGAAGGAAAUGUCUGUGUCUGAAAGCUAAAUAUUUUUUUCAGAUGUUCCUCAUUAUCCUGCUUUAAAAGAGUUAAUGUGAAACCUGCCUGUUAUGGUGUUUCUUUACUGACUACUCUGAGGGCUGAACCUAAGAGUUCCAGAUCUAGAAAAGAAAGUUACUGCUUAAAGGGGAUUUCUGUAGAGCCUGGGUGCCCAAAUCCACAGUUGCCAUCCUGAAGAUCUCUGCUAUUUAACAUUGCAGACCAAAGGACCAUAUAGAUUUUUAUUUCACUUGUAAAGCUCCCCAGAUGACUGUAAUGGUGUAUGUACAGAAUUGCCACUGUCUUGGAAGGACUUGGCCCCUUAGCUGCUAACUUAAGCAGCGAACUAGGAUUUGGAAACUAGGCAUUCCUCUGCCUGUUCAGUGGGGGACCAGAGCUUCACUGUUUUGCAAAGGGUAUCUAACACACUAACAGGAGCAAGCUUACUACAAGGUGGAGUAAUGGCCUGCACUUUAAACAUUCUAAAAGAAAUGCUUUACCUCUGCUCUUCCCACUGUGUGUGUACAGUAGUGAUUAGAAGGUGUCAUUUAGGAAUUUAAUUUACUUUACUUAGCAUUUUGAUAUUUAUUAAGUCUGGAUGAACAAUCCAGAAUGUUGUUUGGCAAGUGAGUACCGUAAGAAAGUAGUCAGACUGUUUCCCUGCUUUGCUGUCUGGUGCUACCUUUUUCUUCAUGGUAGGGCACUAUUAUCAUGGCUUUUUAUACACCAAUAUACAUAGGUAUGCCCGUAGUCAUAUCCUGACUGUACUA